CGUAUUUUCCAGCUAACUUGGAGCACGAAAUUGGCGUUUCCUUGAACUUACAGCUUACAACGGUACUGUAAAUAAUUUCUUUCUCUUUUGGUUUGCUUCAAAAGUGGAUAAAAGGAAGUUGAAGUCUUUUUGUCUUCGGAGAUCCAAGCACAGUUAAAAUAUCAGUGAGCAACGAACCAAAGGAGAUCUCAUUCUUCCAAAACUCUUAUCUUUCAGAAAAAAAACAAUGUACGGUAAAGCCGCAAUCUGUUUAUCAUUCGUCAUUCUCUUCCUGAUUUCAUGUUCAAUCUAUGUCGGCACCGUUGAUCUCAGAUCAUACUUCUUCCCCUUACUUCAGUCACCCCAGGUUCCACGCUCACUCUGUGCUUCCGGCCCCCCUCUCCGCGUUUACAUGUACGAUCUCCCUAGGAAAUUCCACGUCGGCAUGAUGGAUCGUCGGAGCUUCGAGGGACCGGCUCCCGUUACGGCGGAUAAUCUCCCUCCCUGGCCCUCCAACUCCGGGAUAAAGAAGCAGCACAGUGUGGAGUAUUGGCUGAUGGCAUCGCUUCUUUAUGGCGGCAACGGCAAUGAAGACAGGGAAGCGGUUAGGGUUUCGGAUCCCGAAUCCGCGGAGGCCUUUUUUGUGCCUUUUUUUUCCUCGUUGAGUUUUAAUACACACGGCCAUAACAUGACGGAUCCUGAGACGGAGGUUGAUCGCCGAUUACAGGUUGAGUUACUUGAAUUCUUGCAAAAAUCCAAGUACUAUCAAAGAUCUGGAGGCAGAGAUCAUGUAAUUCCCAUGACACAUCCAAAUGCUUUCAGAUUUCUUCGACAAGAGUUGAAUGCAUCAAUCCUUAUUGUUGUAGAUUUUGGCCGCUAUCCUAAAACCAUGUCAAGUUUAAGCAAAGAUGUGGUUGCACCGUAUGUGCAUGUUGUGGAUUCCUUCACAGAUGAUGACGCUCUCGACCCAUAUGAGUCUCGAACUACACUUCUUUUCUUCCGGGGAAAUACUGUCAGGAAAGAUCAAGGCAAAAUUCGAAUCAAACUGGCAAAAAUCUUGUCUGGUAUUGAUGAUGUUCAUUAUGAGAAGAGUGUUGCGACUCCAAAAAACAUUAUAAUGUCUACGGAGGGGAUGCGUUCUUCGAAGUUCUGUCUGCAUCCUGCAGGUGACACCCCUUCAUCUUGCCGACUAUUUGAUGCUAUUGUGAGCCAUUGUGUUCCAGUGAUUGUCAGUGAUAAGAUUGAGCUUCCCUAUGAGGAUGAAAUUGACUACUCUGAAUUCUCAAUAUUCUUUUCUAUGAAAGAGGCAUUAGAACCAGGUUAUUUGGUCAAUCAGUUGCGUCAGUUUCCCAAGGAUCGAUGGGUUGAAAUGUGGAAGCAACUUAAGAAUAUUUCACAUCAUUUCGAAUUCCAGUACCCUCCAAAGAAGGAAGAUGGCGUCAAUAUGUUAUGGAGACAGGUAAAGCGCAAGCUUCCUCGGGCCCAACUUGCUAUACACAGGAGUAGAAGGUUGAAAGUUCCAGAUUGGUGGCAGCGGAGGCGAUAACUUCAGAGCCUUGUUUUGACACUGUACAUCGCAAUACUUAUUUUUUUCUCAUUUAUGGUGGCAUCUGAUGUGCAAUGGUACGUAAAGAGCAAAGGAGUUCGGUUAUCACAACCCAACAUCAUGUGCCAGCUUUACCAUGCUCAUGAUUUACGGUGCGUAGUUUCAAUUUUUUUUCCCUCAUUAUUUUCAAGCGUUAUAAUUAGGAGGCAAUCAAUUAAGAUUUAACCCCAGUUAAUCUUGUUUUUCAUCAUUUGAUAGUGGGGGUGUGGGGAUGUUGGUUAUAGACAAUUUAAUUGCACAGGAUUUACAGUAAUAGACCCAUGUGAGAGGUCGUUUCAUUUAGGUUCUAAUCUUUGCAUUCAGAUUAUGUAUAAGAGUUGGGGAAAAACAUUCAUGUGUAAGAGUGAUCAAUCUAAUCCCUGUACCACAGAAACUUUACUUCCUACUAUUGUGAGGAGGCUUUGACAAAUAAAUAUGCUUGUUUCGAUUC